AUGGGAAGACGCAAGAUAGCUAUCGAACCGAUCGCCGAAGAGCGCAAUCGCACCGUCACGUUCAUCAAGCGCAAGGCAGGCCUGUUCAAAAAGGCGCACGAGCUGGCCGUCCUGUGCCAGGUCGACGUCGCCGUGAUCAUCCUCGGCGCCAACAACACCUUCUACGAGUUCUCCUCCGUUGACACAGACGACCUGAUCCGCCACUACCAGAACGACGAGCUGCCCCACGACGUCAAGGGCCCUGCCAACUACGGCAACUACACCAAGAAAGACCGCGUGGUGAUGCGCAACCGCGGCCGCAAGCGCGCGCGUCCCGGCGUCUCUGCGCCCACCACAGCCGGCCUACCGGCCAUUGUGGCCCCAACUUCCUCUGCUGCGGCCCCCUCCGCCGCUCGUCUCCACAAGCGCGCCGACGCUGGUGACGACGACGACGCUGACGACGACGACGACGACGACAACGACGACGACAAUGACAACGGCAACGACGACAACGACAACGAAAACGACGACAACCACGGCGAAACCAGCGCCAACAAAAACGGCGAAAUUCGUCGCGACAUGCGGAUCGGCCCCACGGGCGCUUCCGCCAAGCCCAGCCGCGGCGACCUCGAUCUCAGCGCUCCCGACCCCAAGCGGCCCCAUCCCGACACCUCACCUCGCUUCAACCCGCUGCAAGAACAAGUGCAACGCCAAUUCCACAAUCUGUACGCGGUCGCGUCGCAACCCGAGCGCCCACAGGGCGCUCAGGCCCCCUUCACGCGCUCCAAUCUCGGGAGCGGCGUGUAUGCUCAUGGUAGCAAUUCGACGUCCGCGCUGCGGUCAAAUUCCAACCCGCUUGUCAUUGAAAACGCGGGCUCCAUGGCCGGCUCCGGUACCACUGCUCCAGCGACGCCGCGUUCUUUCGACGCCGCGAUGCGCCACCAAACGUCCACCAGGCCCGUGCUACGAGUGCAAAUCCCCUCCAGCGCAGGCACCGCCAUCAAAAGCGAGCCGUCGUCCGCCUCGUCGGGCAGAGCCACCGGGAACUCUGCAACACAAUUCCACCGCAGCAACGACGGCCGCAUCGAGCUGCCGCGUCCCACCGCCCCCAACAACGACUCCACGCCUAUGCAACAAUCGUCUGUGCUGGAAAAGCACGACAAAAACCACUACCUCAACGCUGCCACGUCGGCUGGAACCCUGUUCAAUGGACUGCCCUCGGCGAUCACGGGCUCGCCUUUGAUCCAGCAGUAUUUCGCUACCCCAUUGCAACCCACACCGGGCGGCAAUAGCGGCCCCAACACACUGGCUCCCGCUUUGGGCGUUCAGCCCCACGGCUACUUGUUGCAGCGGCAGUUGCAGAUGGCCCAGCAGCAACACUCCCAACAGUUACAGUCGCAAGCGCACUCUCACGCGCAAUCGCAAUCGAAUCCGCAUCUCUCCAACGAGGCAUCUGUGGGCCAGCUGGCGGGCUCACUGCCGUCGAAAUUCGCCAGUGAUCUCGUGGUACCCUCCCCCAGCACGUCCAUGGCAAUGUUCCACGAUUGGACCUUCAAUCGUAUGGGAAACAACUCCAGCGCGGCAGGAGGUGCCAGUGCAACCGACGCCACAUCCAACCCAACAGGGAAUCCUUCCGGGAAUGGCAGCAGUGGCUUAACUCCAUAUAUAACUGUCAAUCAGACCCCAUUGAGCAGUAAGUUCUUCAAUUUCGGCGAAAUGACCGAAGACAAAGACAGGAAGACUUGA